AUGAGUGGUGUUAGCCGCGACGAGGCUGAUCGAGUUCUUCGCCUAAAAAGCCGAGAAAGAGAAGGAAAGGCAUGCUAUCCCUGCCGAAAACGUAAGGUUAAAUGCGAUGGACAUCAGCCAUGCCGAACAUGUCAAAAGCGGAAACAUCCGGACAUCUGCACAUAUGCCCUUGCAUCCAAUCGAAAAUCGCAAGCUAGUGCCCCGAGUCGUUCAGCUCUACCAUCAUCCCCUCCAAUCGCAAUCGGGAGUGAAGGUACACCUGAUAUAGCUCAGGAUAGUCAUACACAGUCUGAUGCACAGCCUGAUACUUCUAAAAACUAUGUAUACUCGGGAGACAAUUCUGUUCUCUCGAUUUUAAGAUCACGAGCCUCGGACGCGAAUGAUUCUAUGGCACGCGAGGUUGGUUCGGUUCUGGGUCUUCAGAAUACCUUUAACAGCUAUCCGUUCAUGGACUCUAAGACGCCUGGAGAAAAAUGGGAGUCAUUACUGGUAGUUUUACCACAACGAACUGAGAUAUUGAAGUAUGUUGGUCGCUCUUUCUACACCUCUUUCCAAGGUUCAGUUCCUCUCUCAAUCAUGAUGUUUGCUAAAUUGCAACCUCCCACUAGAUUCUUUCAUUAUUAUCGUGUUACAGCAUACCCUUUUAAUCCAAUUCUAGCAGACAUGGAUCGAUUUGAAGCAGAUAUGUGCACUUAUCUUGGUGCCCAUGCCUCAGGAGAGCUACGAGAUCCAGAAAAGAUCACAGAUCGGUGGGCGACGGACAAGUCGAUUGGUCACAUAAGUCUCUUACUGGCUACCCUGGCUGCAGGGGCCCAUUACUCGGAUAUCGAAUAUCCCAAAAGAUUAGAGAUUACUACAGACUUUGGUACGGCUGGAAUUGGAACCCCUGUGCAGAUACGAGCAAGGUCGCUAACAACUUCCCAGCUCGGAGAUCCUUCCAUGCUUUGCGCUUAG